GGCUCGGGCGCUCCCGCUCCCCUUUGUUCGCCGCUCCGAUGGCGGCCGGGCCGGGCGGCGGCCCCGGGGCGCCCAGCGAGGCGGAGGCGGCGCAGCUCUGCCGCAGCCUGGAGGUGGGCACCGUCAUGACCCUCUUCUACUCCAAAAAGUCGCAGCGACCCGAGCGGAAAACUUUCCAGGUGAAGCUGGAGACGCGGCAGGUCACCUGGAGCCGCGGCUCCGAGAAGGUCGAGGGGGCCGUGGAUAUUCGUGAAAUCAAAGAGAUUCGUCCAGGAAAGAACUCCCGUGAUUUCGACCGGUACCAGGAGGAUCCGUGUUUCCGACCAGACCACUCUCACUGCUUCGUUGUCCUCUAUGGCACAGAGUUCCGGCUGAAGACCCUCAGCUUGCAAGCCACUUCCGAGGAUGAGGUCAAUAUGUGGAUCAAGGGGCUGAACUGGCUGGUGGCAGACACUCUGAGGGCACCCACCCCUCUGCAGAUUGAAAGGUGGCUCCGGAAGCAGUUCUACUCCCUGGAUCGCAACCGGGAAGACAGGAUCUCUGCCAAGGAUCUGAAGAACAUGCUGUCUCAGGUCAACUACCGGGUCCCCAACAUGAGGUUCCUGCGGGAGAGACUCACGGAUGUGGAGCAGAGGAACGGAGAUAUCACGUACGGGCAGUUUGCGCAGCUCUACCGCAGCCUGAUGUUCAGUGCUCAGAAAACAAUGGAUGUGCCGUUCCUGGAAAGGGGUGGAGAAAGGUCUGAGCACUUCAAGGUGUCGCUGCUGGAGCUGCAGAAGUUUCUGCUGGAGUACCAGAGGGAGCUCUGGGCUGCAGAUACCCUUCAGGUACAGGAAUUCAUGUUCAACUUCCUGAGAGACCCUUUGAGGGAGAUUGACGAGCCUUAUUUCUCCCUGGACGAAUUUCUCACCUUCCUGUUUUCCAAAGAGAACAGCAUCUGGAACUCACAACUGGACAUGGUGUGUCUGGAGAACAUGAACAACCCUCUCUCCCAUUACUGGAUCUCCUCCUCACACAACACGUACCUGACGGGGGAUCAGUUCUCGAGCGAGUCCUCGCUGGAGGCCUACGCCCGCUGCCUGCGCAUGGGCUGCCGCUGCAUCGAACUGGAUUGCUGGGAUGGUCCCGAUGGCAUGCCGGUCAUCUACCACGGGCACACCUUAACCACCAAGAUCAAGUUCUCUGAUGUCUUGGUCACUAUCAAGGAGCACGCCUUUGUCACCUCUGAUUUCCCCGUCAUUCUGUCCAUUGAGGACCACUGCAGCAUUGCUCAGCAGAGGAACAUGGCUCAGAAUUUCAAGAAGGUCUUUGGGGACAUGCUCUUGACCAAACCAGUUGAUAUUUCUGCUGAUGGCCUUCCAUCUCCAAACCAGCUCAAGAGGAAGAUUCUCAUCAAGCACAAGAAGCUGGCGGAGGGCAGCGCUUAUGAGGAGCUGCCCACGUCUGUGAUGUACUCAGAGAAUGACAUCAGCAACUCCAUCAAGAAUGGGAUCCUCUACCUGGAAGACCCCAUCAAUCACGAGUGGAACCCACAUUACUUUGUGCUGACCAGCAGCAAGAUCUAUUAUUCUGGGGAGACAACCAGUGACCAAGGAAACGAGGAUGAGGAAGAGCAAAAGGAGGUGAGCAACAGCACUGAGCUUCACUCCACGGAGAAGUGGUUCCACGGGAAGCUGGGAGCGGGACGUGACGGGCGGCACAUCGCGGAGCGGCUGCUGACGGAAUAUUGCAUCGAGACAGGGGCCCCCGACGGCUCCUUCCUUGUCAGGGAGAGCGAGACCUUCGUGGGAGACUACACCCUCUCCUUCUGGCGCAAUGGGAAGGUGCAGCACUGCCGGAUCCACUCGAGGCAGGACGCCGGCAGCCCCAAGUUCUUCCUGACGGACAACCUGGUGUUCGACAGCCUCUACGACCUCAUCACACACUACCAGGAGGUGCCACUGAGGUGCAAUGAGUUUGAGAUGAGGCUGACAGAGCCAGUGCCGCAGACCAAUGCCCACGAGAGCAAAGAGUGGUACCACGCCAACCUCACGCGGGCCCAAGCCGAGCACAUGCUGAUGCGGGUGCCCCGUGACGGAGCCUUCCUGGUGCGCAAGAGGAGCGAGCCCAGCUCCUACGCCAUCUCCUUCAGGGCAGAAGGGAAGAUCAAGCACUGCCGGGUGCAGCAGGAGGGCCAGACUGUGCUGCUGGGCAACUCUGAGUUCGAGAGCCUGGUGGAUUUGAUCAGCUACUACGAGAAGCACCCGCUGUACCGCAAGAUGAAGCUGCGCUACCCCAUCAACGAGGAGACCCUGGAGAAGAUCGGGACAGCGGAGCCUGACUAUGGAGCCCUGUACGAGGGACGCCAUCCUGGGUUCUAUGUGGAAGCCAACCCCAUGCCCACCUUCAAGUGUGCAGUCAAAGCCCUGUUUGACUACAAGGCACAGAGGGAGGAUGAGCUCACCUUCACCAAAAAUGCCAUCAUCCAGAAUGUGGAGAAGCAGGAAGGAGGCUGGUGGAGAGGAGAUUAUGGUGGCAAAAAGCAGCUGUGGUUCCCUUCCAACUAUGUAGAGGAAAUUACAAGUCCCACUAGCCUGGAGCCAGAGCGGGAGCAGCAGCUGGAUGAGAACAGCCCCCUGGGAGACCUGCUGGGAGGAGUCCUGGAUGUGCCUUCCUGCCAGAUCGCCAUCCGCCCCGAGGGCAAGAACAACCGCCUCUUCGUCUUCUCCAUCAGCAUGUCCUCGGUGUCACGCCUGUCCCUGGACGUGGCAGCCGACACGCACGAGGACCUGCUGGACUGGGUGAAGAAGAUCCGGGAGGCAGCUCAGACAGCUGAUGCCAGGCUUUCUGAAGGGAAGAUGAUGGAGAGGAGAAAGAAGAUUGCCCUGGAGCUUUCAGAACUGGUGGUCUAUUGCCGGCCUGUGCCCUUUGAUGAAGAGAAGAUCGGCACAGAGAGGGCCUGUUACCGAGACAUGUCCUCCUUUCCCGAGACCAAGGCGGAGAAGUACGUCAACAAGAUCAAGGGCAAGAAGUUCCUGCAGUACAACCGCCUGCAGCUCUCCCGCAUCUACCCCAAGGGCCAGCGCCUCGACUCCUCCAACUAUGACCCCCUGCCCAUGUGGAUCUGUGGCAGCCAGCUGGUGGCACUCAACUUCCAGACCCCAGACAAGCCCAUGCAGAUGAACCAGGCCUUGUUCAUGUCCAGUGGCCAGUGUGGGUAUGUCCUGCAGCCAACCAACAUGAGGGACGACGUCUUUGACCCCUUUGACAAGAGCACGUUGCGGGGCACAGAACCGCUCUCCAUCUCCAUUGAGGUCCUGGGGGCCCGGCACCUUCCCAAAAAUGGAAGGGGAAUCGUUUGUCCUUUUGUGGAGGUGGAGGUGUCUGGUGCUGAGUACGACAAUGCCAAGCAGAAAACAGAGAUUGUGGCUGACAAUGGCCUGAACCCUCUCUGGACCCCGAAGCAGUUCCACUUCCAGGUCAGCAACCCUGACUUUGCCUUCCUCCGCUUUGUGGUCUACGAGGAGGACAUGUUCAGCGAUGAGAACUUCCUGGCUCAGGCCACCUUCCUGGUGAAAGGCUUGAAGACAGGUUUCCGAGCUGUUCCCCUGAAGAACAACUACAGUGAGAACCUGGAGCUGGCUUCUCUGCUUGUCAAGAUAGACAUUUUCCCUUGCAAGCAGGAAAAUGGCGAAAUAAACCUCUUCAAUGCUUCAUCCCUACGGGAACGAGCAGGGGAUGGCUCCAGCCAGCUGCUGGCAAGCAGAGGCAGAGAGGGGUCCUUUGAGUUGCGGUACCAGCAGCCUUUUGAGGAUUUCCGUGUGUCCCCAGAGCAGCUCGCUGACCACUUCGAGAGCCGGGAGCGAAGGGUACUGCGGAGGACCCGGGUCAACGGGGACAACCGGCUGUAGCCCAUCCCGGCGGGCGAAAGCACCUCCAGUGCUUGUGAAUCUCACAGCACGCUGUGAACUGGUUUCUAUGGAAACGGCACUGCUAUGGCCUACUUUCAGGCAGCUUUUCCAGUUUCUCUGCUGAAGUGUGUUCAAGUGGAGAACUAAAAAAAAAUUAAAAAUAUUGGAAAUAGACCCCACCCCUAACCAACCCCAAGCACCCACCAACCUUCACCACGAAGCCCUUAAAGAAGCGCGUCGGUGCGGACAGGCUGCCAGAGGCGAGAGACCAAACUGUCUAUAAUCACAAGAAGAGACCUAAAAAAUCCCCAUCCAGCCUCUGCUCUGCCUGUAAUCCGAUCGUGUGCAGCUGCUGGAGCCUGUUUGCAGCCAGCUUGUGCUGUGUCCAGUCCCAGGGCUCUGGGCCAGGUGUGACUGCAGUGACCACAGCAGCCCCUCUGUCUGUCCUGGUGACACCAGAUCUGACCUGUAUAGCCACUGCCGAAGGGUCCAGUAGUGAAACUCUACAUUUACAGGGCCGCUCUAGCUUUAAACGACAAUAAAAGUGUCAGUAUUACAUGUG